CAGCUGUGUUAGAUUGGUUUUAGAUCAUGGCGACCGGAGUGUUAAGGACAGUCCUACGAAAAUCUGUAGGAUUGUAUAAUGAUGCAGCGUAUCUUACGCGAAUAUAUCCAACAACUAAUUUUUAUAGGCAACAUCGCCACAGCCAUGAUUGGGCCCCAGAUAUAGAAUAUAUGAACUCAUUGAAACGUCCACAAGCUUUACCAAUUGAUUCUGUAAAAUGGCAAUUUCCAUGGGAAAAACAUGACAUUGAAGAACGUGGAGAGACAGUGAAAAAUGUACAAGUUAAUUUUGGCCCUCAACAUCCGGCAGCUCAUGGAGUGUUACGUUUAAUAUUAGAAUUAGAAGGAGAAGUUGUAAUCAGAGCUGAUCCACAUAUUGGUCUUUUGCAUCGAGCAACAGAAAAGCUUAUAGAAUAUAAAACAUAUAUGCAAGCAUUACCAUACUUUGAUCGUUUAGAUUAUGUUUCUAUGAUGUGUAACGAGCAAUGUUUCUCUUUAGCAAUUGAGAAAUUAUUAAAUAUAGAUGUACCACUGCGUGCAAAAUAUAUUCGAGUAUUAUUUGCGGAACUCACUCGUAUCUUGAAUCAUAUUAUGGGAAUAGGAACUCAUGCAUUGGAUGUAGGUGCAAUGACCCCAUUCUUUUGGUUGUUUGAAGAAAGAGAAAAAUUAAUGGAAUUUUAUGAAAGAGUUAGUGGAGCUCGUAUGCAUGCUGCUUAUAUAAGACCUGGUGGAGUGUCUUUGGAUCUUCCAUUAGGUUUAUUAGAUGAUAUUCAUGAAUGGGCUACGCAGUAUGCUGAAAGAGUUGAUGAAGUAGAAGACAUGUUAACUGAAAAUAGAAUAUGGAUGCAACGUACAAAGGAUAUUGGUGUAAUUACAGCAGCAGAUGCAUUGAAUAUGGGCUUUAGCGGAGUAAUGUUACGGGGUUCUGGAAUUAAAUGGGAUUUGAGAAAAACUGCACCAUAUGAUGCGUAUGAUUUAGUUGACUUUGAUGUUCCUGUUGGUAUAAAUGGUGAUUGUUAUGAUAGGUAUCUCAUUCGAGUUGAGGAAAUGCGUCAGUCUCUUAGGAUAAUCGAGCAAUGUUUAAAUAAAAUGCCACCUGGCGAAGUGAGAUGCGACGAUGCUAAAGUUGUACCACCGCGUAGAGAAGAAAUGAAAACUAGUAUGGAAGCUUUAAUUCAUCAUUUUAAAUUAUAUACACAAGGUUUUCAGGUACCACCUGGUGCUACAUAUACUGCUAUCGAAGCACCAAAGGGUGAAUUUGGAGUAUAUCUUGUUAGUGAUGGUACUAGUAAACCAUAUCGGUGUAAGAUCAAAGCUCCUGGAUUUGCACACUUAGCUUGUUUGAAACAUAUAGGACCAGGUCAUAUGCUUGCUGAUAUCGUAGCCAUUAUUGGUACACUGGAUGUAGUAUUUGGUGAGAUUGACAGAUAAAAUGUUGAUAAUUGUAUAUUUGUAGUAGAUAAGUAAAUUUAUUAUAUUAUGCUAUGUUAAUGAGAGAACUCAUUUAGCAUGCAAUAAUAAUAAAUGAAAGGUAUUUUAUAUACCUUAAUAACCUGUAAAAAAAAUAAAAAAGAACAGACAUCUUAUUCUAGAUAA